CAGACAGAAGCGCAGAAGGAUCUAGUGGACAGCGGGAAAGAUGGCGGCGACAAUGCUGAGGUCGCUCUCCAGGCUCGGACGUCCUUCAGCAAUAUUAAACAGUAACAUCAGCACUCCAGCCUGUGCUCUGCUUCAGAAGAGGCUCAAGCAAUGGCAGCCAGAUGUGGAGUGGGCGGAGCAGUAUGCUGGAGCUGUCAUGUAUCCCAGUGUCAUCACUGAGAAAUGGGUACCUCCACCUUGGAAUGACAAGGACCCACCAGCAGAGAAGGAGGUGUCCAACCUUACCAUCAACUUUGGUCCUCAGCACCCGGCAGCUCAUGGAGUGCUGCGUUUGGUUUUGGAGCUGAGUGGAGAGUCGGUGAAGAAAUGUGACCCUCACAUUGGCCUGCUGCACCGUGGCACUGAGAAACUCAUUGAGUACAAGACUUAUUUGCAGGCACUUCCAUACUUCGACAGGCUGGACUACGUGUCUAUGAUGUGUAAUGAGCAGGCCUAUUCACUCGCAAUAGAAAAACUGCUGAACAUUCAGGCUCCUCCCCGUGCACAGUGGAUCAGAGUGCUGUAUGGAGAGAUGACCCGUAUUUUAAACCACAUCAUGGGCAUCACAACCCAUGCCCUUGAUAUCGGAGCCAUGACCCCUUUCUUCUGGUUGUUUGAAGAGAGAGAGAAGAUGUUUGAGUUCUAUGAACGAGUGUCUGGAGCCAGGAUGCAUGCUGCAUAUGUCAGACCUGGUGGAGUUCAUCAGGACUUGCCUCUUGGUCUCAUGGACGACAUCUAUGAAUGGUGCAAGAAUUUCUCUAUUCGCAUUGAUGAAGUCGAGGAGAUGCUGACCAACAAUCGUAUCUGGAAGAACAGAACUGUUGGCAUCGGCGUUAUCGGUGCAGAGGAUGCUCUCAAUUAUGGCUUCAGUGGAGUGAUGCUGAGGGGUUCAGGAAUUAAAUGGGAUCUGAGGAAGUCUCAACCAUAUGACAAAUAUGAUGAGGUGGAGUUUGACGUGGCUGUUGGAAGUAAUGGCGACUGCUACGACAGAUAUCUGUGUCGAAUUGAGGAAAUGAGACAGUCUCUGCGAAUCAUGCAACAAAGUCUCAACAAAAUGCCUGCUGGAGAAAUCAAGGUAGAUGAUGCUAAAGUUGCCCCACCCAAGAGAUCUGAGAUGAAGAUGUCAAUGGAAUCUCUCAUUCAUCAUUUUAAGCUGUACACUGAGGGCUAUCAGGUUCCUCCAGGAGCCACAUACACAGCUGUAGAGGCACCAAAGGGUGAGUUUGGUGUGUACCUGGUGUCUGAUGGUUCCAGCAGACCUUACCGUUGCAAGAUCAAGGCACCUGGAUUUGCUCACUUGGCUGGCUUGGAUAAAAUGUCUAAAGGACACAUGCUUGCUGAUGUGGUGGCAAUCAUCGGCACCCAGGACAUUGUGUUUGGUGAGGUGGACCGUUGAAGAACAGCAACGGCUGCUCUGAUUCUGUCUUUGCGAUCCUUGGUAUUUAUGUUAUGACAGAAAAAGUUUUCUGAUAUCUCCAUGUGUAAAUGCUGACUAAACCUAAUAAAUAUUUUAAACCUGUGAAA